AUGGGCCGUUUCCUUCUGCUCCUAACGGCCCUACUGCUCGCACCCGUCUAUGUACGGGCACAAGCUGUCUUUGCCCAUUUCAUGGUCGGUAAUACCGAGACCCUCAGCCAAGGGGACUGGGAGAACAACAUGCGCCUUGCCCAGGAAGCCCACAUUGACGCCUUUGCCUUGAACAUGGCCUACGACUGGCCUCACAACCGCCGCUCAGUCUCUAGAGCCUUUGCCGCUGCGCGUGCCCGCAACUUCAAGCUCUUCUUCUCCUUCGACUACGCUGGCAACGGACCGUGGGACGUCAACGAGGUGCUUUUCUUUCUCAACACCUAUGGACGAGACUCAGCGCAUUGGCAGCACCAAGGCCGGCCGUUUGCAUCGACCUUCGAGGGCCCCGACCAAGCUGAUGAUUGGAUCGAUAUCAAAGCGCAGACGGGAUGUUUCUUUGUACCGGACUGGUCGUCGAUGGGGGCCGGGCCGGCUAUGCAGCUAGGCGGUGGUGUUGCCGAUGGGCUUUUCAGUUGGGCUGCCUGGCCAUAUGGAGUAUCAGACAUGACCACCUACGUCGAUGCUUCAUACCUCCAGGCUCUUAACGGGAAACCGUAUAUGAUGCCAGUAUCGCCUUGGUUUUUCACCAACUUGCCGGGCUAUAACAAAAACUGGCUCUGGAAUGGGGAUGAUUUAUGGUAUCAUCGGUGGCAGCAUGUGUGGAGCGUGAGGCCCGAGUGGGUGCAAAUCAUCAGCUGGAACGACUUUGGUGAGUCGCAUCACAUCGGGCCCCUCGACGAUAGGCAGUACGAGGCAUUCGACGUCGGGAGGGCGCCAUUCAACUACGUGGUAAAUAAGCCCCAUGAUGGUUGGCGAGUACAUCUCCCCUAUGUAAUCGACACGUACAAGAACUUGCGGCCAGCAAUCGGCCGAGAAAGUGUCGUCUCCUGGUUCCGGCAGACCCCAGGCAGGGCGUGUGAUAGUGGAGGCACGACGGGAAAUACGGCGAGCCAGCUGCAGAUAGAACUUGACCCAGCGUCCGUCCUCGGCGACCGCGUAUUCGUCACAGCUCUGCUUGAUCGCCCGGCCCAGCUACGUGUCGGCGGCUGGAUCAUCAACGAAUGGGACCAUGAACCUAGAGAAGGGAUCGGGUUGUAUCACCAUAGUAUCCCGUUCAAUGAAUCUAUUGGCCUCGAGUCAGGCGUCAGCGUAUCGCUUUGGAGGAACAACGCACCGUUCCUAACGGUCAACUCGGGAGCAGCAGUCUCGAGCGCUUGUCCCGACUCCGUUAUGAACUGGAACCCUAUCGUCAUAUCCGGGCAAUCGAGUAGUACCAGCAAUGUCAGGGCUUCUCUUAGUCUCUCAGAACAAGCUUGUGUUGAGGGAACCGGGACUGAUAAUGGAGGAUUCCGGCAACUUUGCGAAUUUACGUGCAAAUACGGAUAUUGUCCUGUGAGCGCGUGCACAUGCACUCUUAUGGGUCCGAGGGAGACCCCGCCGCCCCUUGAUCCCGGUGUUAGCAAGCCAGGAUAUCCAGCGAAUGGAGACGCCAACUAUGGCGGCCUCUGCUCCUUCGCUUGCAACUGGGGCUUCUGUCCGGAAGCACAAUGCUCGACGUCGCCUCAACCACCGUUCAUCCCAUUACAAUCGCCUUUCGCCUUCCCGGCUUGCAUUUCGGGUAGAGGGCAAGGAGACGGUCGUUGGGACGGGCUUUGUGACUAUGGAUGCCACUUUGGGUUCUGUCCCAUGCACAGAUGCCAAUGCGUGGCAACCGGCCAUCUCAUCGUGCCGCCGACUCCGAAUGGGCCGGGAUUUAGCAGCACCGGCGAAGAGGACUACGGUCUUUGCGCCUUCGCUUGCGGUCGCGGAUACUGUCCCACAGGCUGCGCCGAUGCUCAGUGGCCUAUUCUUCGUGCCGGCGGUCCUCCCGAUACCCGCUUUUUGGCAUUCGGCGAUUCGUAUUCUACGGGAGUCGGUGCCGGAGACCCGUUGGGCAGUCAGUUUGAUCCACAGAAUCGAUGCAUGAACUCUGUUAAUUCUUAUCCCCGCUAUCUCCGGAGGGCACUCGAUGGACUUCCGACAUUCGAAUCUAGCGAUAUCUCCCACGUCGGCUGCACGGGGGCGAUAUCCCGAGAUAUCUCAGUGCCAGACAAGGACGGCCGUACGGCCCAAAUUGACCUUGUUGCGAACAACGGCGACCUCAAUCUAGCCGGAUGGGCAACCUUGUCGAUCGGGGGAAAUGACUGUGGGUUCGGAAACGUCGCAGAAUCCUGCCUGUUUGUGUACAGCGAGUCAGGCUGCAGAGAGGCAAUCCGACAAGCCAGAGAUGAGCUAAUCCCUGACUUGCGUCGUAAGAUCCUCGCAACUUACUUGGAUAUCUUGACGGGUGCACUGAACAAGCGGUUCCUGCUGAUCGUCACCGGCUACCCAAAGUUCUUCAACGAGAACCCUGCCAACUGCCGCAAUGGGGACAGUUGGCAAUGGUUCUAUCCAUGGGGUGGCCUCCUCUCCGAUGAUCGGAGAAUAGAAAUCAACGCUUUGGUUGGGGAGGCAAACAGAAGGAUAGAGGAAACCGUCCAAGAAGUGCGCGAGAGACUCAGUCGAACUGGGAACCGGCAGAUCAAGUUUUUCCCCGUGGAUCACCUAUACGAAGGCCAUAGGUUCUGCGAAGACUCCCCGGCUGACUGGCAAGAGGAGUCCUGGUUCCACCACAUUAUGUCCUACGACAAGCUCCCCGCCGGAAACUUGAUUCCUCCUGGAGGCGGUCCGCCGAUGGAUCUAAGAGAGCAUGCGCGGACAUGUAGCCAAAUCCAGUAUGACCAAGACGAGUGGGCCGAGCGGAUUCUCUGCAGAAUUGCUGUUGACGUGUCAAACGGAACCCUUGAGGAUCCUCUUCUCCCCGGGCCACUCGACGUUUGGCAUGUCAUCAAGGCAAUGCACCCCAGAAGCAUUGGUAAUAACGCAGUCGGACAAGCUAUCUUUGAAUAUCUUAAGACGCUCCCCCAGGUAGAUGGAUGGCAGUAG